CAGGACUGUUCAAUCCCGCACCACUCACAGUUCUAAAUAUGUAUUGAGCCAGGUCAGACAGCGGUAAACCAGUUUACACAGAUGGAUUGUCUAACAAGCGAGUUUCGUUAACCAGCGUGCAUACGAAGUAGUUCAACUUGGUUUACAGGCCCCUGCGUUGAGAAACGUGAGUUCGUGACUGGAUGCUGGGAUACGCGUUCUCAGCGACCGACCGAGGGAUCUCAUCCCAUGAACUCCGAUACCCAUGAACAUGCCGUUUCCAAUCCAGGUGAAGCGACGCCUUCUCCAGAUAGCCACGAGCACGACACGCUGAAAUAUCACCUACUUGGUCCCUCUCUCACGAAAGCUGGCCAGGACAGCGUAGACCAGCAAAAGGUAUCGAAUAUCAUAUACAACGCCUCCAAAGGCUCCAAAUUCUUCAACAACGAAGAGGCGAAAGACCGCAACCUGACCGAAAAGAUCAACCGUAUACUCGCUCGAAAGCGCCAGGUCGAGCGCCUCGACCUUGCCUCUGACCAGCGGCGCGCCGACGACUAUAUCACUGAGCUGGAGCUUGGCCGUGAUCUGACACAGACGGUGGUGCACAUCGAUUGCGAUGCAUUCUAUGCCGCCGUGGAAGAACUGGAUAGGCCCGAGCUGCGUGAUGUGCCCAUGGCUGUGGGCAAAGGCGUCCUGACCACUUGCAACUACCAUGCCCGCAAGUUUGGCUGCAGAAGCGGCAUGGCCGGCUUCGUGGCCAUGAAGCUCUGUCCGCAGUUGGUCUGUUUGCCUCUUAAUUUCGAAAAGUACACGGCAAAGGCAGAAGAAGUGCGCGCUAUCAUUGCCGAAUACGACCCUCGAUUCGAAAGUGCUAGCAUCGACGAGGCCUAUCUCAAUAUCACAAACUACUGCAACGAAAAUAGCAUUGCGCCCGAGGAGGCGGUUGCUCAGCUUCGCGCGGAGGUCCACCAGAAAACCCGCAUAACCGUAUCCGCAGGAAUCGCAGCAAACGCAAAACUGGCUAAGAUCGCGUCCAAUAGGAACAAACCAAACGGCCAGUUUCGGAUCGCGAGCGACAGAUCAACUAUUCUUGAGUUCAUGAAGGCUUUGCCCACUCGAAAAGUCAACGGCAUAGGGCGAGUGUUCGAGCGAGAGUUGGAUGCAAUAGGGAUAAAGACCUGUGGUGACAUCUAUGCGCACCGUGCCUACUUGUCCAAAUUGUUUGGAGAGAAAGCAGCCCAUUUCUUGAUGCAAUGCUAUCUAGGCCUUGGACGUACUAGUAUUCAGCCUGCUGAAGAGUAUGAGCGAAAAAGCGUUGGGACCGAGUCGACCUUUCGGGAAAUGAGCGGAAAGACAGAGCUACGUGAAAAGUUAAGGCAUAUUGCUGAAGAAUUAGAAAAAGACCUUGAGCGCACUCAGUACAAAGGCCGUACCUUAGUAUUGAAAGUCAAACUGCACACGUAUGAAGUUUUGACUAGGCAGGUUGCCCCACCCAAGGCCGUUCACAUUGCCAGCGACCUAUACAAAUACGCUUUACCGAUGUUGGCGAAACUAGAGAAAGAGUUUCCGGGCAUGAAACUGAGACUCAUGGGUCUUCGGGUAACCCACAUCCUAAGCACUAAGAAGGCCGGCAUUGACUUUUUUGGCCUGAAUAAACGUACUACUUCUUCUAGAAGCGGAGAAGCUACCUCUGGGCCUGGCAUCUUGAAACCAGAGGGCGAUGGAGAAUGGGAGGUGUGGCCAGAAGCAGAGUUUGAAGAAGCUGCUCGCCGAGAGCUUUCAGACGAGAUGAAUGACUUGGAGGAAUUGAGCCAGGAGUACCAAAGACUCCCUCAACUAGACCGCAUCAAAGAUUCAAGCGACGUCCAUCAUGGUUUACCUCGCAUAUCAUCGCCUCCUCCUACCUUGGACCAAGCUGAGGUAGAGCAGGAGAAAUGGGAAUGUCCAGUUUGCGGCUUAAACCAGCUUGCCGAGGACAAGGCUUUCAACUCCCACAUCGAUUUCUGUCUCUCUCGAGGAACCAUCAAGGACGCUGUCAAAUCUACAUCUCCAAUACCCCACACACUGGCGAAACCCCAAUCAAGGGCUUUCUCGAGACUCACCUCUGGGAAGCGCAAACGUGGUCGUCCUCGGACGGCAACCCAGUCUAUAAAACGCAGGCCGUUCUUCUCUUGAUGUGGUGCCAGUGGGUAUGUAGGAUAGUUGAAUCAAUGAUAGCCACGUCGAUAAGCCUCGAGCAAUGAUUUCUUACGGGUAUCUCACAUGCUUGCGUGUCUCAACCUCGUCGUAAGGACCUUACAUUUAUCAACUACCCUAUCUUACCACCGUGAUUU